AAACAAUGUCCAUCCGGUAUUAUGGUGCGCAUUUGUGUGAUGCACAGUAGUGCUGCUGUCUAUGUAGGGAGCUCGUUUGGUUUUGACACGCGCACAUUGAACAGUCGCUUCAGCUGCAGGAAGUAUCGACACAAACACGGGGAUGUUGCACAUCAUCUAACCUCAGACUGGCUUCAGAGAGGACGAAGGGGUGCAGAUAUGUUUCAGUGUUUCUUUCAGAUACACAUGGUUUUCUGAACUGGGAUCAGAGCCCGACGACUCACUAUGGAGAUAGCUGUAGCCAAAAUACUGUGCCUGUUGGGGAUCUUUGCCCUCAUGUUAGGUGGGAUCCUCAUCCCCGUGAGGAUGAUGCAGACAGAGUUUGAUAAAGUUACAAGGUACAGAAGAGCGGUUGCUUUCAGCAAUUCAUUUGGAGGAGGUGUAUUCCUGGCCACCUGCUUUAAUGCUCUUUUACCAGCAGUAAGAGAUAAGGUAGAGGAAGUCUUAAAAUCGCUAAAAGUCACCACCGAAUACCCGCUGGCAGAGACGAUGAUGAUGCUUGGCUUUUUCCUCACAGUGUUUGUCGAACAAGCCGUGCUUACUUUCCGUAAGGAGAAGCCAUCGUUCAUCGACAUGGAGACGUUUAACGCCGGGGGCUCGGAGGCGGGGAGCGACUCCGAGUAUGAUACUCCAUUCAUUGCCACCCCUCGGGGUUCGCCCGGAGCCCACCACCAUCAUUCUCAUCACCACGGACACUUCAGCCCCUCAGAGCUGACGCGUGCCGGGCCGUUAAGAUUAGCCAGCCUGGUGCUGGCACUUUCGGCUCACUCGGUCUUUGAGGGGCUCGCACUGGGCCUCCAGGAAGAUGGCGCUAAGCUCGGAAGCCUCUUCAUUGGAGUGGCCAUCCAUGAGACGUUGGCUGCCGUGGCUCUGGGGGUUAGCGUAGCAAAGGCAGGAGUGCCCUUAAGGGAUGCCGUUAAGCUGGGCCUGACAGUGAGUCUUAUGAUCCCUCUGGGCAUCGGGAUCGGGAUGGCCAUUGACACGGCCCAGAACUUGGCAGGUAGUAUCGUCUCUGUAGUGCUGCAGGGCCUGGCAGCCGGUACUUUCCUUUUCAUUACGUUUUUUGAGAUUCUUUCUCGAGAGCUGGAGGAUAAACACGACAGGCUGCUGAAGGUUCUGUUUCUGGUUGUUGGUUAUGGUGUACUAGCUGGGCUUGUAUUUAUCAAAUGGUAGAUGGACUAAGUCUUUUAUUAUUAUUUAUUUCCAAACUUUAUCACUCUCUCUUUCUGUCUUACACUGGGAAUUUAUAUUGUUUUAUCAGAUUCAAAAUGUCUUCUGGUAAAGUUUAAGAUUUAUUUUGGAUAACUAAAUGAAUCCAUAUUAUGAUUUAAACUGCAGUAGAGGUCAGAUUCUGAAAGUAUCUGACGUUUCUUAUGACCCAGAACAUGUUGCCACUCCAUUUUAAACACCCUUUUAUGCAAUUGUCAUUUGUGUGGUUCACUUUAGUAAAUAUUUAUUUAUUUUAAUUUCUUGCAAUGACAAAUUUUCUGUUUUGAAUGAUUUGCUUUGGGAUAUAAGUACAAGAGAGGAUGCAUGAAUCUAAAAAGAUGCUGUCAAGUACCAUGAAGGUGAUUGUUUUUGACAUUGAGAAUUUCUCUGUAAGAAGCCAACAGUUGUAUACAGAUCUGAGAACUGCUGAAAACUCAGGUUUGUGUACAAUAAAUUCACUGGAGUUCCCUAAAUUCUGUAAAACUAUCCGAAUUUUGAGUUGAAUCUCAAGAAGAGCUUUAGUACUUUGGUAAAGGAAGCUUCCUUUACGCUACAUGCAGUAGUUUUGACUGCUUUUUUGGAUCAUAUGGUUUUGAGUUGGGCCUUUAUUGUGUUUCAGAGGCUUGUGUUUUGUGGGUAACUUAUAGUGUUGUGCACUCUUGCACUUAUAAUUUAUAAUUUUAAUUCAGUUUGAUUAUUUGUCCAUUGAGGCUAUGUUAUGUUUUGUGUUGCCAUCUUAGAUUUUUCAUUCAAAUAAACCAUGCUAAGCCCCCAUAAAUAA